UACUUUCUUCUCCCGUCGCGCGAGAAUUUCGUGCACGUCGGGGCGGGUGUGUUUGACGUCACCGCGCUCUCCUCGUCACCUGGAGCCCGCGGAAGGAAGCCGCCGCCGGUGACUGUGCAAAGAUGAAUACCAGGGGGCUUGGAUCUCAGUUGAAGGACAGCAUUUCAGUUCCUGAUUUUUCAGCUAGUGGAACAUUUGAAAGUCAUGAUGUGAUACACAGAGGCUUUCCACAUGUGAAGAGUGAACUUUUUCCCGUUCAUCCUUUGGAACUUUCAGAGAAGAAUUUUUCCUUAACUCAAGAUAAAAUGAAUUUUUCAACUCUGAGAAAUAUUCAAGGGCUACAUGCGCCAUUAAAGCUGCAAAUGGAAUUCAAAGCAGUGAAACAGAUCCAGCGCCUGCCUUUCCUUCACAGCUCUAAUCUGGCACUGGAUGUCUUAAAAGGCAAUGAUGAUUGCAUUGGUUUUGAAGACAUUCUUGGCGAUCCUGCACAAAGUGAACGAAUGGCAGAACCUCAUAUGAUGGUUGAACAUAAACUUGGUUUAUUAUAAUACUUACAUAUUACAGCUUUUUCUGUUCAUCAGAACAUUCCUAUCCUGUGUCUGUGAGGGUUGAAAUAAACUAUAUUAAAUGAAAUAUUUGUUUUGAUAGGCAGUUUCUCACCAACUCAGUGAAAGAAGCACAAUAAACAUUACAAACACCCUG